GCUAAGGAGUUGCGAUCCCCAGCCUCGACUUGGUUCGCUAAGUUGUGAACUCUCCCCCCCCCCACCUGCCUCGACUCAGAUGCGUAUGCGUUCGUUUCCUUUAAGACUGUUCCGCUGCGAGGUCUCUCAUCGGCACAUGUAACGGCUCGUCAGCUACCGGACUUUGGGUCAAUCUCAGCUCCACGACGGGUUUAAUUUGACGGACGGACUAGUCGCAUUUUGUUCCGAGCCAUCGAUCCCAGCCUUCGCAUCGCACAGAGCGCAGAGGCACAACUUGACGAUCGGGAAGGUGUAGCUCGCGCUCACCAUGGCUUCAGAAGGGUCGGUCGAUGCGGGGGCGCCCAACCUCAACCUCACCCCGGAGGAGAAGCGCGUGUACGGGCAACUAUUUCGACAGGCCGAUGCCGAUAACGUGGGUGUCAUAACCGGCGAGGUAGCUGUUAAGUUUUUCGAGAAGACCAGGUUGGACUCGAGGGUGCUGGGAGAGAUAUGGCAAAUCGCAGACAAGGAGAACCGGGGCUUUCUCACACCCGCCGGUUUCGGCAUGGUCCUGCGACUUAUUGGGCAUGCGCAGGCAGGCCGCGAGCCGACUCCCGAGUUGGCUUUCCAAGUCGGUCCCCUGCCAAAAUUCGAGGGCAUCACGACAACUCCCGCCCCGCCGCCGCCUCCGCCGCCUGCGCUGCAGGCCCAAGGGACCGGCGCUCCCGGACCGAUCCGGAUCCCGCCCCUGACUCCCGAGAAAGUGGCGCAAUACGCUAGUUUGUUCGAGCGCCAGAAUCUCCAAAAUGGCAACAUGCUCCCGGGCGAGGCGGCAAAACAGAUCUUUGAGAAGUCGGGUCUUCCGAACGACGUCCUGGGACGCAUCUGGAUGCUCGCGGAUACCGAACAGCGCGGCGCCCUGGUGCAGACCGAGUUCGUCAUCGCUAUGCACCUCCUCACAUCCAUCAAGACUGGCGCGCUACGUGGCCUACCCAACAUUCUCCCGGCCGCCCUUUACGAGGCUGCUACUCGCCGCGCCCCCGUCGGUGCUGGCAUUCCCAGGCAGCAGUCUCCGUCGACCACUACACCGCCCAUGUCGGCCGUUCCGCGGCAGCUCAGCGGGCAAGGGCCGCUGACACAAAUGCGGACGGGAAGCCCCCUCGGGCGUCCGCCGUUAGGACCGCAGACGACAGGAGAGUGGCUAAUCUCGCCGGCGGACAAGGCCAGGUUUGACCAGCUCUACGAUGAAUUGGACAAGGGAAAGAGGGGUUAUAUCACGGGCGAGGAGGCCGUGCCCUUCUUCAGCCAGUCGAACCUCUCCGAGGAUAUCCUCGCCCAGAUCUGGGACCUCGCAGAUAUCAACUCUGAGGGGCGCCUCUCAAGGGACGAGUUUGCCGUCGCCAUGUACCUUAUCAGGCAGCAAAGGACCAAGUCAGCACCGCUUCCCGCUACCCUGCCCCCGAACCUUGUUCCGCCCAGCAUGCGGGCCCAGCAAGCUCGCCCGCCGGCAGCUGCUUCGGCGUUCGAGCCCCCGCCGCGGCCGCAGCCCCCGCAACCGAAACCAUCUGCAUUGGACGACCUGUUCGGUUUGGACGACAUUCACCCUCCUGCGCCGGCCCAGGUCCCGGCCGGCACGGGCGGUUCUGCCGGCGAUCCCUUUGCGGCGAGUGCCAGCCCUCAAGCUCCAUCCUCGCCUUCGAGACCCUCACCUUCCACGUCGACCUUCAAGCCAUUCGUUCCCUCGUCCUCGUUUGGGCGCGGCCUCGCUACGCAGAUGACCGGCGGGUCCAACAGCUCAGCCACGGCGAAGCCUGCUAAUGUUGAGGAUGAUCUCUUGGGCGACACCGAGCCUGACGUCAGCAAGAACAUUAACAACGAGUCUACCGAGCUCGCGAACUUGUCGAACCAGAUCGGCUCCCUGACCAAGCAGGUGCAGGAUGUGCAGGCUCAACGCACGGCCACCCAGAAUGAGCUGAGCCAGUCCAGCGCGCAGAAGAAGAACUUUGAGCAACGGCUCAGCCAGCUCCGCGCCAUGUACGAGAAGGAGGCGCAGGACGUCCGCGCUCUGGAAACGCAGCUCACGACAUCCAAGAACGAGACUAAGAAGCUGCAGGCUGAGUACGCCAUGGUCGAUGCUACCUAUCAAGAAUUGCAGAACCAGCACCGCCAGCUCCUUAGCGCGCUGCAGGCGGACCAGCAGGAGAACGCGACUCUUAAGGAGAAGAUCCGGAUGGUGAAUGCCGAGAUUGCCCAGCUGAAGCCUCAGAUCGAGAAGCUCAAGUCUGAGGCUCGCCAGCAGAAGGGCCUCGUUGCGAUCAACAAGAAGCAGCUGGCUACCACCGAGGGCGAGCGGGACAAGCUGAAGAACGAAGCCGAGGAGCUUACUAAGAGCAACGAGGAGCUAGCCCGCCAGAUUAGCGCCAACAGCUCGUCGCCGUCUGCUCAGGUCUCCAGUCCGGCCCUGUCCACUGCGAGCGCUAACAACCCUUUCUUUAGGCGGACCGGCAGCACUGACAUAACCACCACCUUCUCCCCGCCGAUUCGAUCAUUCACCGACAAGGCCUUUGACGAUGUCUUUGGCCCCAGUCUGGGCAGCCAGGCUGGCACGCCGCCCCCUCCUGCGGCUGCCGCCAUGUUCAAGCAGAACACGGGCACCUCAGCCGGCAGUGUCGGCUCGUUUGCCACUCCGGCUUCAACCAGCCCCAAUGCGGGCCGUCAGCAGGCCGCCGCCGCCGCCGAGCCGGCAACGCUGGCCGAGACGGGGCGGAGCAACUCUAGCUUCCCUCAGUUUGUUGAUGCUGCCGAGUCCCUGAGCACGUCGCGCCAGGUUUCGCCGCCGCUGAGCCGUACCGAGACGAAUCAGGAGGCAACGACGGCGUCCCCGGAGCCAUCGCAGACCGGGCACAAUCCUGCCUCGGGCUCCGGCUCCAGGCCCGCAUCCCCCGCAUCUGCCGCCGAGGCCAAGCCUACGUUUGGAUCCAUUUCGGAGGAGUCGAACAAGGCUCCCGCAGCUGGCAAGGAGGCCGAUCCGUUCGCUGUCGACCAGGACAAGGCCAAGGAGGACUUCGAAUCGGCGUUUGCUAGCUUUAAGCAGGCCCGGGCAGCGGCCGCUUCGAGCUCUGACACGGCAAAGGCAUUUUCCAACUUUAACACCGAGUUCCCUCCUAUCUCGGAGCUGGAGCGUGACGAUGACUCGGACUCGGAGAGUGAGCGGGGUGGGUUUGACGACGACUUCGCGCCGGCCUCACCGCCGGCCAAACCUGUGGAAAAGGGUGGUGAGUCGAGGGCGGCGUCGCCUGUGGUGUCCAAGGCGUCGCCUGAUGCUGCCGGAGCUGGUGUGCCAUCGUCUGCGUCUCCCGAGCCGGCUGCAAGCGACAACGCCGUUCCCACUACUUCCUCGUCCUCCAAUCUCAAUAACCUCAGCUCGUCCAAUGUAGACGACAUUUUUGGUUCCUCCGCGGCCCGGCCCACAGCCACCGCUAGCAACGCUAGCCGCCCUACCACAGCAGCGACCACCUCCAAAGCUCCCUUUGAUGACCUCGACGACGAUUUUGAAGGCUUAGAGGAUGCCAAAGAAGGGUCUGCCGACGACGACUUCGCCACCAUCUCGCGCUCGGGUCUUGACGAUUUCAACCCCGUCUUUGACAGCAGCCCGCCCCCGAGCCAGCCCAAGAGCGACUCUGCGCAUGCCGGAGCACCUGGCGGUGCUACCACCUUCGGGACGGAGAGCAGCUUCGACUUUGCCUCGUUUUCCGGCACUUCCGCCGCAGGAAGUACCAUCGGGCAGGCGGCUCACUCGUCUUCUUCUGGUGCGCAGGCGAAGGUCCCUGGUUCUCAGCCUCAGAUCCAGACGACGGCUGAAUCCCACGACUGGGACGCGCUUUUUGCGGGUCUCGACUCGGCUGCUACACCAACCGCGUCGUCGCAUACCCUUGCUACGAGCACCACGGGACAGGAUGCGGCCGCAGGAACCGCAGCUGGGGCCGGGAUUCAGAGCGGUGCCGCCGCAAAUGAGGAGGCGGGCAACAGUAAGCAGCACGACGGCGACAACGACCACCACAACAACAACGGCGGCGUCGGCGGCAGCAGCAACGACGAAGACCCCGCCAAGAGGCCACCGGCGCCGGGUAGGGCGCUCACCGAGGAGGGCGAGCAUGAUGAUCCCAUCUUGAAGAACCUGACGAGCAUGGGGUAUUCGAGGGCGGACGCGGUGGCGGCGCUGGAGAAGUAUGAUUACAACCUGGAGAGGGCGGCGAACUAUCUGGCCAGCCAAUCUUAGGCUUCCUUAGAUAGCUCCUUCUCAGGACGGCAUUUCGGGUGGUUGGUGCCGAAAGCAUGGGGCACUGCUGGUGGAGGAUCGGGCCCGAGCGGGUGGGUGAAUCGCGGACCAAGCGAACGGAACGGUGUGUGUGGCUUGUGGGUUGUGUUGAUGAGUGAUACCUUUCCAUAUCCUUACCCCCCCCCCUUUUUCUUUCCCAAUUCUCUCUAUUUUCCGACCAUUUUCCUUGCUGCCUCUUUCCUUUGUCUCUGUGAUUGCGUUGCCCCUUUGAUGACUGGUGUAACUACCCGCUCCUUCAUUCGUUAAUCCUAAUACUCGUUGUCUGCAAUUGUUUAUUGGUUGGUUGUAUGAUUCGGCUGGAAAGAUAUGUGCUGCACUGGUGCAUUCAAUCUGUACUCUGUCCGUGUAUCAUCCUGUACAAGGGCGUGGGAUAUCGAGCAUCAUUCGUUGUAUGUAUGACGACCGGAACCGGCUUUUGACUUUCAACCAUGUGUCGAUGUCGAUUCGUGGUCAGCUUGGCCGCCGAGCUGCUACUGUAUGGGGAUGUGGGGCUGC